UCUCUUAAGAGGAUGGGUCGGGGUCGGUCGACACCACCACCUGUACCUUACCAACUCUAGACGCAACCCAUUUUACCCACCUAGCGUACGCUCUAUUACCAUCUUAAAUAUUCCUUCGUUUUCAUUUAUACGAGCGACCUUUUUCCAACUUUAACAUUAUCUUUCGACAAUCCUAUCAACAAUACGGAUCUAAACGGAACUUAACGAAUCGAAAGUUAUCAACGUCUCGGUACCUCUAAACGAUCACAUUAUAUAUUCUAUAGUUAAUAAUCGCUUUAUUAGAUGGCCAUUUCUUUUAUUACAUAUUUUAUAUACUGUUAUCAAACCGUACAUGUGAUUAAUCUAACCAAGAUCGAGAAGGGUCUCAUUACAUAUUUCGUAUUAACUGAUAAUAAUUUGAUUACGUAGAUAUAGAAUUAAAGGAUUUACGAAUAUAAAAAUGGUUCCCAUUGCCAUAUUCAAUCGUUACAUAUUUACUUGUGGAUUAAUUUUUCGAUAUUCGACCAUUUCGAGCUCGCGACAUCUGAAUAUAGCCGAUUGACAGGAUAUGUGCAAGACGACGAUCAUCGACGGACGUCUCACGAUUUCUCAUAACGCAUAACUUUCAUAUUAAUUUGCCAAUCGAGCUAGAAUGCUCCAAGACACCACGGUGGAGACGUUCGCACGAGGCCUGAUAGAUCGGAUAGUAUUUGAAGCUUCUGAUAAAAUUAAAAUACGAUUCAAUAAAGGUCCUAAGGAAAUCAUUACACGAUCGUUGGAGACAUUGGCAUGUACUUAUAUAUCGGUUUAUUUUUAUGCAGAAGCGUCGCACAGUCAUACGCGACGCAAUGAAACGUAUAUGAGCUACAACGAGGGAGAAGGAAAGGAAGUGACAGAGAGUUUGGUCCAUGGCCUGCGAGGUGUGCAAAUUGGUGACUCGUCUUAUAUAUUGUCCUGUCCCAUGUCACUUUUGGAAUGUCAGAUGAGAAGAAAUGCAUGCUUCGUCGAUGGCACAACGAACGAUAAUACGUUCGUCGAGAUGUCCGACAUCCAAGGUCAGGGUGACGUCGAGCCGAUCGCGUACGAUGCCGCCGCCGAGUCGUCGAAGAAGAAAAGUACAAAGCCAACGACAUAUACCAAAGAAAUAGAGCAAUCUGGUACUAACGAUGCCGCCACCAAAGUAUCUGUCAAUUUACUGCACCGAAUGAUCGAAGAGUUGGAAAUCGUGGCCGAGGAGACGAUCCUAAAUCGCAACGAUCCUGAUAAAGGGAUCAAAGAAGAAAUUACGAUUUGGGAGGAAAAGGAGGAAAAAUUGAUUAGGAUAAUCGAAAAUAACGAAGGAUCGCAUGAGAGCAUCAUCGAGGAAACUCAAUCGAUCAGGCAAUUCGUGGACGAGGACAGGGACGAAGUGAAGUCAUCGAUGAUGAUAUCAGGUGCUUCCUCUUCGAGGAAUCUUUCGUUCGAUGAGGUUUAUCUCGAGGAAAAUGUAACGGAGUAUCCGCCAAAGCAAAUGUCCAUUGACGAAAUCGAAGAAACUCGUGAUAUCUUUUCGGAAACGAAAGAAACCGACAAGACAAUCAAGUCGAAGAAGAAGAAGAAGAAGAAGAAGAAGAAGAAGAAAAGGGAGAGCUUGGGUCGAAGGCUCAAGAGGUUCUUCCUAAAGAGAUUCAAGCGUGGAAAGAAUUGAUAGGAUGUUUUUGUUCGAGGACCGAGUCGCAACUUUGGAAGCAUUUUUCUUUUUUUCUAUUUGUUUAUACAUGUCCGCUCCGAUAGAGUACUUUUUUUUUUAUAGCAACGCGACGCUCCACGGUGAACGUAGCGUCGAUCGGUUGUCGACGGUGUGCCGAGCAAGUAAAAAUAGUUCGGACAGUGUCUGAUCAUCGCAUGGUUCACCGACGGAAUUACGUCUGAGGGGGAGAGGAAAGAAAAAAGGCGUCGCGUUAAGAAAAGAAAAGAAAUUGAAAAGUGUCUUGCCAAUUUCUAAAAAUUCUUUAUUAUACUUUUAUAAAGAUACGCCUCUCUCGCUUGCGCGUGAACAUUGUAUCGUCAGUUUCUAGGAUUGUUUACCAAGCACGCAACUUCGCCAUGAUUAUAUGCAUAUACUCGUAUAACAAUCGUAGAAUUGGUCUAGCAGAUAAUACGUGAAAUAAAAGUUGCGUCCAAAUAUAUAUGUGUAUAUAUAUAUAUAUAUAUAUAUAUAUAUAUAUAUACAUAUAUAUAUAGAUACAUAUGUGUGUGUAUAAAAUCGCUGAAAAAUCGUCGUACAACAUCGAGGGGUCUCCGUAGCAGGAAUCGAAGGACGAGUCGGAAUCUAUAUACAUAUGUAUUUUGUGUCGGUUUUUUAAUGCCACUGCAGAUCUGGCAACCCUGAUAUACCGAUGUUGAAAACCAUUUAUCGUAGUAGGAAGCACACUUUAAGCACAGAGCUCCUUCCUCUCGAACUGUUUUUGGACCGCAACGUUGCCAAUGCUCUCUCCUUAGUCGAGAUGACUUUGUUUCAGCAUGAUCUUUCUCGUCUAUCUCGAUCGUCGCGCCAUCUGUAGAAAUAAAAUGAAUAAAUUUGGUAACACCCGGUA